CCGUAAAAUGUAAAGUAGGCAUUGACCAAUAAUUAGAAUACCAAGAAUACAAAGAAUCAAGAAACAAAUGACAUCCGAACGAGAUUUAGCGGUAUCAACGCGACCUGAGAUGAGAAGCAAUGUCUCAAAGAGUCACCAUCACGUGCUCGCAUCUUUCUUUCUUUCAUUCUUCCUUCGUUCCAAUUAUUGGCUGCUCUGUUUGACCAUCCUCCUCAAGAGUUGCAAUCCAAGGACAGAGCCACUGUCUUUGAUAUUUCGAGGUGACUUUGCUGCGCUGAUUUAAUUGGAUUGCUCCUCUGAAAUUGGAAUUCUUCCUUCCUUCCCUUUUCCUUUCCAAAACUCAUCAAACCCACCGAAAGAGGAAGGAAGGAAAGAAAGAAAAACUCGAGGGGGAGGAGCAGAAACAGAAACAGAGAGGUUGGUCAGAGCAUUUUUACAGUCUCUCUUCUUCUGGGCUGUGUGAAGAAGAAGAAGAAGAUGGUUUAUGAUCAUGAUAAGAGGGACCUUCCGACUCAUGCAGCUCAAAACGGUGGCGUCGCCGUUGACUCGGGUCACGCCCGUUUGCAUGAGCUCGGCUACAAGCAGGAGCUCAAGCGCGACCUCUCGGUGAUAUCGAACUUUGCGUUUUCGUUCUCGAUUAUAUCGGUGCUCACUGGCAUAACCACGCUCUACAACAAUGGGCUAAAAUACGGUGGGACGGCCUCCAUGGUUUACGGGUGGUUCCUUGCUGGUGUUUUCACCAUGUUUGUCGGGUCGUCCAUGGCUGAAAUCUGUUCAGCUUACCCAACCUCCGGGGGCCUCUAUUACUGGAGCGCCAAGCUCGCGGGCCGGAAAUGGGCGCCGUUCGCAUCUUGGUUGACUGGCUGGUUCAAUAUUGUUGGUCAGUGGGCAGUCACAACUAGCGUAGAUUUCUCUCUGGCACAGUUGAUUCAGGUUAUUAUUCUCCUAAGCACUGGUGGUAAAAAUGGCGGCGGAUAUGAGGCAUCGAAAUAUGUUGUUAUUGGUUUCCACGGUGGAAUUCUGCUCCUUCACGCUAUUAUAAACAGUCUUCCUAUUUCAGUUUUAUCUUUCUUUGGGCAGCUAGCUGCCGCUUGGAAUCUUGUAGGUGUUGUUGUUCUCAUGAUUCUCAUCCCCUGUGUUGCGAAGGAAAGGGCUAGUGCCAAGUUUGUUUUCACUUACUUCAACACUGAUAACGGGGAAGGUAUUGACGGCAGAGUCUAUAUAUUUGUUCUCGGACUUCUAAUGAGUCAGUAUACACUUACUGGGUAUGAUGCAUCUGCUCACAUGACAGAGGAAACCAAGAAUGCUGAUAAGAACGGUCCAAAAGGAAUUAUUAGUUCUAUCGGGAUAUCUAUCAUUUUUGGAUGGGGUUACCUAGUAGGUAUCACCUUUGCAGUGACAAACAUCCCAUAUCUCCUAAGCGAUGAGAAUGAUGCUGCUGGUUAUGCAAUUGCCGAAAUAUUCUAUUUAGCAUUCAAAGGCAGGUACGGCAGCGGAGUUGGGGGUAUACUUUGCCUAGGGGUGGUCGCUGUCGCCAUAUUUUUCUGUGGCAUGAGUUCAGUCACCAGCAAUUCCAGGAUGGCUUAUGCAUUUUCUAGAGAUGGAGCGAUGCCAUAUUCAUCACUGUGGCAUCAAGUGAAUAAGCACGAGGUCCCGAUAAAUGCAGUUUGGCUCUCCGCUUUUAUAUCCUUUUGCAUGGCGCUGACCUCUCUUGGAAGCAUUGUAGCUUUUGACGCGAUGGUGUCCAUAGCGACGAUUGGGCUGUACAUUGCUUAUGCCCUCCCGAUUUUCUUCAGGGUGACAUUGGCCCGCAAGUCCUUUGUCCCGGGGCCAUUCAACUUGGGUCGGUAUGGGGUGGUAGUCGGCUGGACCGCGGUCCUCUGGGUGGCUACGAUCUCGGUUCUCUUCUCGUUGCCCGUGGCCUACCCCAUCAAGCAAGAGACACUCAAUUAUACUCCCGUUGCAGUCGGCGGCUUGUUCAUUCUUACGGUUUGUUCUUGGGUCUUCAGCGCCCGGCAUUGGUUUAGAGGUCCCAUAACCAACAUAGAUACUUGAAUUCAGUGUAGUUGUACACGAAUGCUAUGUGCAGAAACAUUCAGUGAUUCAAGAGAAACGUAGUAGCUUCGCAUCA